UAAGCGAUGUGUUUCCCCCUCGCAGAGACGGAAUUGCAAGAAAUAAAAGAAAAUAAAAGGAAAUAAAAGGAAAGAAAAGGAAAUAUUUGGCAUUAGAGGAUAGCGUAAUUAAUGGAUCUUUGAAAGGCUUCAGCGGUUGGUGUCUCGAUAGAAGAAAGGGACUCCCGUAAGGCGUAAGGCAGAGGCAGCAGGAAAGAGUUGCAGGACCAACGAAGAAUGGCCGGUGGAAGACGCAAUGCCGCCCGCGCCCCCCCUCCCAAGCCUGUGGCCCUUAUCGAUCUCGACAUGAAGAGGAUUGGCCAUGGGACAGAGGAUGGGCCUCCCUUGAUGCCCAUCACCCCCCCCAAACACAUGAGCAUUCCUGACAUACCACGCAUCUCUGAGCUUGGCUUUGAGACUUUGAUGCUGGUGUUUAGUUUGAUGUCCCUUGCACUGCAGUACCUUAACAUUUACCGCACAGUCUUCUGGCUUCCACAUUCUCAUACAAAGUAUGCCAUGAACCUGUACUUGAUUGACAGAAGUGUUGUGUGGUUCAUUGUGGUGACGCUGAGUAGGCGACUAGGAUGGAGUAUUCUCAAGCUUGUAAUUACACAGUGCAUUCAUCAGUCAUUGUGGAAGUCUGCUCUCUCAGUGGCAAGAGUGAUGUUUGUAGGAGCAAUUGCAGCACUACUUGGCUUCUGCUUGUAUACCAUCAGUGAUGCUCUAACGUUCAUAAAGAUCUUAGCCCUGGGAUAUCCGUUUGUGUUUUAUAUCUUCAUAUUUGAUAUGGAGAUUACAUCUUUCUUGGAGGUGAUCCCAGUUCCAGUGCACUACAAAGAAGAAGGAACUAAGGCAAAGCAAUCUGUUGUGCGUCUGAUACAACAUGCUUGCAUGAACAGUGCAGAUGCUGUGCGUGGUGAAGUUGAAUUCCUGACAAAUGACUGCAAUAGGCGCAUGGCACAAGUUAUGUAUCAGACCAUUGUCAUAGUCUACUACACUACAUUAAUUCCUUGUUUCUUUGUCCCGAGUUCCCUACACUACGAUGUGUCAUGGGUUACCUUCCACACAUUGUUUGUGGCCACAACCUGUUUCAUGUGGCACCUCCUGUAUUGUUAUCCAGCAAGUUAUUGUGAUAUUCUUCAUCGGGCAUCAAUGCACCUGGGAGGAUGGGCACGUGUUGAAGGCCGGUCAGGUCAUGGUUCCGACACUUCUGAGAAGGAACAAGGAACAGUUCAUCAGGAAUCUUGCUGA